AAAAAACAGUUUAUGAUCCUUGAUAUCAUGAGGUCAUGCACUAAUAAGCUUAUCCUUCUGACUUUUUAUACAAUAACUCUCAUUUUAGUUACAGAGAGUCGAAGAACAAUACCAUUGAAAAAGGAGAAACAAGAGCUCGAGAAACUACUCAACCAUAUUAAUAAACCAGCAAUAAAAAGUUUCCAAACGAAACAUGGUUAUAUAUUAGACUGCAUCGACAUUCAAAAGCAGCUAGCCUUUGAUCAUCCUUCGCUCAAAAACCAUUCUAUUCAGUUGAAGCCUACAACCAUACCUAAAUGGACAAGAGAUAAAAUCACUUCUCAAAAAUCAAGUUCUCUACCAUUUCGACAAGAUGAAGACAUAAGUUGUCCGCUUGGAACAGUGAUUAUUAAAAGAACUACACUUGAAGAACUUAUACAAAUUCAACGUAUGAAAUCUUUAGGGUUUAAGUAUACAACUUCAGAAGACAAUAACGUCCUCAAUAUGACCAGCCGUCAUUUUGCGAUAGCUGAAUACUAUAAAGACAAUUAUGGAGCAACGGGAAACAUAAAUAUAUGGGAUCCGCCUGUCGAACCUGAUCAAUUUAGUCUUGCAAGUAUAUAUGUCGAGAACGGCCUUAGAAACAAUUUACAAAGCAUUUCAGCUGGAUGGAUAGUGUCCCCGAAACUAAAUCAAAAUCAUAGUGGCUUAUUUACAUAUUGGACGGCAGAUGGGCAUGAGAAGACAGGUUGCUACAAUACAGUAUGUCCCGGAUUUGUACAAGUGAGUAGCAAGUCGGCACUUGGAACUCUUGCCAAACCAGUUUCCACUUAUGGUGGUGAACAAUAUUAUUUAGAAGCCAUCAUUUAUCAGGAUAAUGUUACAGGAAACUGGUGGUUUUUGCUAAAGAACGAGCCAGUUGGGUAUUGGCCAAGAUCAUUGUUUCAUGUUGAUGGUUUAGCUAAUGGAGCAAGUCGGGUGUUUUGGGGAGGAGAAGUUUUCAAUGCAGUGAGACAGAGCACAAACCCAAUCAUGGGAAGUGGACAUUUCCCACAAGAAGGUUUCAAAAAGGCAGCUUUUGUGAAUGGUCUUAAAGUGAUCGAUCGUGAAGUAGAAAAAAUUAGAAGUCCACCAACUAAAGAUUUAAUAUUAUUCGCAAACACUCCAAAAUGUUAUAAAGUCGAAACAAAAUCAGGGGUUGGUGAGGAGUGGUCUAGUGCAAUUUACUAUGGAGGACCAGGAGGAUGCAUAAUUACUUAACAAAUCUUCAAGUGUAUCUUCUAUUUUUAUGUGUUAAGGAAAGAGUAAAACAGAUGUUUUCAAAUGCUAUAAGCCUAUAAUGUUAAAACUUCUUUUUACAUCUUCUUUAUUUAGCGAAUACAAUAUUUCAUAUGCAUGUUUCUCAAGUCUUAUUAUGGUCAUGGAGAUAUCAAGUCUUAACGGUUUGAGAAA